AUGGACGACAAAGAAGACUUCAAGGAAGGUCAAGGGGUGGUUGCUCAUUCAGAAUUUACUGAACCAAGCACGAACAAUGUUUCUGUGAUAUUCCCUGAGGUGACUUGGUGGAAGCACCCUGGGCUACGUAAAUUGUACAUCAUGAUGCCGCUUUUGUUCUUGGGAUCCUCGACGAACGGAUAUGAUGGCUCUCUAUUAAAUGGAUUGCAGACCAUGACACCGUGGGAAGACUAUUUCAACAACCCCAGUGGCUCGGAAUUAGGUCUCUUCACCGCAAUCCAAAAUAUCGGCGGAUUCUGCUCGUUAUUCUUCGCUUCAUACAUGGCUGAUAUAUUUGGACGGAAAAGAGGAGUGGCCAUCGGACUGGUGAUUCUCUUCGUCGGAACCUUGAUUCAAGUCGUUCCAUCUGUCAACUCCAGCAUGUUUCUUGCAGGGAGGUUCCUUGUUGGCCUUGGAUCCAACAUAAGUCAGACAUCUGCGCCGCUACUCAUCACCGAACUAGCACACCCUCAACACCGCGGAAAGUUAACAACAAUGUACAAUACACUAUGGUAUGUGGGAGCGAUUGUUGCGGCCUGGACUGUCUUUGGUACGAUCAAGUAUACAUCGGAGGCAGCAUGGCGGAUCCCCGUGGCCAUGCAGGCAGCCAUGCCGGUCAUUCAGUUCUGUGGUAUAUGGUUUGUUCCCGAAAGUCCCCGUUGGCUCUGUGCAAAGGAUCGCCCUGAUGAGGCAUUUGAUGUCUUAGUCAAAUAUCACGCAAGUGGAGACAGACAGGACCCAUUCUGCGCAUUUGAGUUCCAGGAGAUCCAGGAGACCAUCCGCAGAGAAAAGGAAAAUUCAAACGACGGAUGGAUGGUCCUAGUUCAAACACCUGGUAAUCGCAAACGGCUACUACUCAUUGUACUCACUGCAUUUUUCUCGCAGUGUUCGGGUAAUGGAUUGGUGUCGUACUAUAUUCACGAUAUUCUAGAGUCUGUUGGGAUCGAGUCCUCCUAUAAUCAGUCAAUGAUCAAUGGCGCUCUCACAAUAUGGUGUUUUCUAGUCGCAAUCGGCACAUCUGCUUUCCUCGUGGAUGUUCUCGGCAGACGAAUGUUGUUCAUGAUCGCUGGACUUGGAAUGUUGAUAAGCUUCAGUAUAUGGACUGGAUGCUCGGCUGUAUACGAGAAGACCGGUAAUAAGAGUGCUGGAAGCACGGUCAUCGCGAUGAUCUUCCUCUUUUAUGGGGCGGCCGGGUUUGCCUGGCCUGGUCUGACGAUCGCUUAUACAGCCGAGAUCCUCCCAUUCAAUAUUCGAGCCAAAGGUCUCACAGUCACUAUGGCUGUUACAGCAGCAUCAUCGGUGUUCAACCAAUAUGUCAACCCAAUAGGUCUGGAGUCGUUGCAGUGGCGGUUUUAUUUUGUGUAUAUUGCCAUAUUAGUGAUAGAGUGUUUAUGCAUUUGGUUCUUAUUCGUGGAGACAAAAGGCCCGACUUUGGAGGAAAUUGCAGAACUGUUUGAUGGGGAGGAUGCCAAUGUGGCUGGAAAUGGGUUGGCGCUGCGACCGGAAGCAAAAGCCGUGGAUUCAUGGAAAGCUUGA